AUGUUACCUUCACAACCGAAAUCCGUGAUGAUGCCCCAAUCGCAUAAUGUCAUUUACAGAGCACCGAUACCAGCGCCUAUUUUUCCGAAGAGUAUCGCUGAUGAACUGCCUUUACCGCCGCCCCGGAUCCCACCUCGUCCGCGGCACUCCCCUCAAAUGGCCAGGUCUCCAUUAGUACCCACACGGCCGGCACCCCCACCCCCACCACCUCUUCGGUCCCCACCAGACCCCCCAAUCCCACCGCCACCGCCACCCAGAAUGCCGCCCCCUCCAGCACCCGUGGUACCAACACUAGAAGAACAGAUCGAUGAGAUAGUUAAUAACCAUAAUCAGCAAGAAGUACUACAGUCAGUAAAAAGACGACCUGCGCCAAGGCCACCACCAAAACGCCCUUCGCCUAAGAAAGCAAGCAUAUUUACAAGAGUAGCCCAAUUCAAACUACCUGGAAGAAAAAGUAUGACUUCGCCUUUUGAACCAGUUAAAAAAGACGUACCGCCGCGAAAAGAUUUCUCAAAUCUGCAAAAAGUGGUCAAUGACUACUUAAACCGCAGAUCAGGCCAAAGAAGAACAAGCGCUGAAAAAAACCAUGAUAAUGAAGCCAAAAAACCGCCACAUUCAAACAAUAAGCUUGACGAAUUCAAACAACGUGACAAAUCUACACACCGUGAUGAAAGCAAACAAAAAGUUAUGUUCAAAAAGCAUUAUGGAAACAAACAUCAGGAUGAUAUAAAUGAACCGUAUGAAGAAAUACAACAGCCUGAGUUUAAACAACAGUUAGAAGACAAGAAAGCAAAACAAAAUGACGAAAUCAAACAACGUGAUGAACCCAAGCAAGAUGAAGAAAUCAAACAACAACAACAACAGAAUAAACCAGUUCAAGACGAAAAACCUAAAGAUGUAGAAAAGCCACACACAGACGAACCAGUAACAGAGACUCGUUUAAAAAAAGCAGAAGAAAAGGUCAUAAAUUUCAAUCAGUAUUUGAAGGAAAAAGAUAAUAAUACCAAAAUUAGUAAUAACAAAGAUAUUGAUGUCAAAGAUGAUAUCGAUAACAAACUAAUGUCUCUUCUCGAUACAUUGGAAAAAGAAGUAAAGCACGUUGCCCUUGCUGGUAGUGAAAAAGAAAUAUUUGACGCCAAAAUUAGAAAAAUCUAUGGAACAGUCGUAGGUGAUGCUGUAGACUUGACAACUUCCAAACCAAUCAUUGCUAAUAAGGUAGAAACUGAAACGAAUGUUGGUGAAUUAAAGAAAGCUAACUACGAACCCAACAUAAUGAAUGAUAUAAAAAUCCCGGAAGACAACUCACAGGCACAAAUAAGGCAAAUUAGACAUCAAGAAGCAGAAACGAAAAACGACCAAUUGAAGAAUUAUGAAUAUUUGGUUCAAAGAAAGGAUAAAUUAACUGACAAUUACAGUCCGAAUAAAUAUAUCGGGAAUACAGACGUCAAUAUUUUUAGUGAUGUAGAUAAAAAACGUGUUGAUUUAUAUGAUCGGAAAUAUAAUGAACGAUAUGAACAAAGGUACAGAGAUAUUGAUCACAAAUACAUGGAUGAUAUCGAUCGCAAGUACAGCGAAAACUUAGACCGAAAAUACAGUGAAAACAAUUUAGAUCAUGGCAAAUACGAUCUUCAACGCAAAUACGUCGAUAAUUUCAAUCAAAAAUAUAAUUAUAACGUCGAUCCAAAAUAUGAUGAGAAUGCACCGGGUGUAAGAAAACAAAUAAAGUAUGACACGAAAGAUGUUGUGGAGUUCAGAGAGUUCAAACAUAACGCGUUAAACUCAGCUGAGGAGAACAACAUAAAAUAUAGGAAUUUUGAUAAAUUUAAUGAGAAGGAUAUAAAACCCCAUGGUAUUAUUGAUAGGAACUUAUACAGAAACAAAGAUGAGAGGAAAUACAGGGUUAUCGGCGAUGAGAAGAGAGGUAAAAGUGUUCACACACACAUGGAUCUAGAAGACCCACUUAGUUUUGAAAGGAGAAAGUAUUAUCAAGAAAAACUUGAUAAUAUUGAAAGAAAGCUGCGAGGAACCCGGAAUAAUAGACAAAGGAAUGAUCAACUAAGGAGCGACCGACCAAUGAGACGAAUGCGACCGAGCCGCGAUGGUAUACAACGAACAAGAUCGAAAUCGCAAGCUGACAAUUUCUACAUGCCUGAAAGAGCCAGAUUCUUACACGGAUUCUAA